AUGCGAGCGGCCUUGCAAUCUGGGCAGCCUGAUAUGAAGUCCACAGGCAAAGCCUCUUGCCAGCCGCACGUCUCUCGUGACGGCAGGCCACACGGCAGACGGCACAUCCAUCUUCACAUCCGACGCGCUCAUCCCGCCAUUCCACCCUCUCGGGCCCCAAGCCAGCGGCUUCACCUCUAUUCACACCGCAUCAACCCUACCCGCCUCCAACGCGCCCAACGCGCCUCCGCAAGCGUUUACCGCAUUCUCUUCCGCGCACGCCCGCAGCGGGGACCUACUUUUUGCUUCUCGGAUGUCCCGCAGCGGCACAAGGCUCCCAUGCGCCGGACGCUCAGCGUCGACUACACGCGCGUUCUCGCCGGCGAGAUCAUGCUCCAGCUCGACGGCGGGGAGGAAAAGGUCAUCAGGGCGGGGGAAUUUAUCGUCCAGGGGGGAAUGAAAUCACGAGUGGGUUAA